AUGGUUAUUCUCAAUCAAAUUCAAGGAUCUUUAUCGCCAUCCCCAACCAAGUAUGAUGUUUUUCUAAGUUUCAGAGGUGUUGACACUCGUAAUAGUUUCAUUGAUCACCUUCACAAGGCAUUGUUGGAUGCCAAUAUCAAUACCUUUUUAGAUGAAGAAGAGAUCCAAACAGGAGAAGAUCUUAAGCCAGAGUUGGAGAGCGCAAUCAAAGCUUCCAAGGCCUCCAUUAUUGUGUUAUCCAAGAAUUAUGCUUCUUCAACAUGGUGCCUUGAUGAACUGGUGUUGAUCCUUGAGCAACGUAGGAACUAUAAACAUAUUGUUAUCCCGAUCUUCUACCAUGUGGAGCCCACAGAUGUUAGGAAGCAACAAAGCAGCUUUGGAGAUGCUAUGGCUAAGCAUAAAUACAAGAUGGAAGCAGAAAUAGAUGUGCAUAAGAGAAAUCAACAGGCAUAUAAGAUGGAGUUAUGGAAGCAAGCCCUUGUGGAGGUUGUUGAUUUGAAAGGAAUGGAUGCAAACGGCUGUCGAGAAACGGUGUUCAUUCAAGAAAUUGUCAUGAACAUGAGCAGUAAAUUAGAUCAACGCAUACGUGGUAAAACCCCACACAUAAUCGGGAUGCGCUCAUCAGUUAACAUUAUCACAUCAUGGCUAAAAGAUAAAUCCUCUGAUACAGCUGACAUUCUCACAAUAUGGGGAAUGGCUGGGAUUGGAAAGACAUCACUGGCCAGAUAUGUCUAUGAAGUGCAUUAUAAUGAUUUUGAAAGAUGCAGCUUUAUUGAAGAUAUUGGAAGGAGAUGUACACAACAAGUGAAUACAUUGUUUGAUUUACAAAAACAUCUACUUGUAGACAUUCAGAACGGAAAUUUACAAAAGCUACAUGAUGUCAAUUGGUGCACCAAUAAGAUUGAGAAUGUUCUACUCCAUAAACGAACGCUGAUUGUUCUUGAUGGCAUUGAUAAUUUCGAGCAGUUGGAUGUGUUAAUUGGAACAAAAAGAUUUCAUCCAAGAAGCAAGAUCAUAAUAACAACCAUAGAUAGGUCGUUGACUGAAAAGAGUGGUUUAUUUGGUAAGAAUAUGUCACUCAAGCAUACGAAGCACUUGCUUGAAGGAUUGGAUGAAACCGAAUCACUACAAAUUUUAUGUUUGCAUGCCUUUAAGUGCAAUGAUCCCAAGGAAGGAUACCAAGAAUUGUCAAGAAAGGUUGUGAAACAUUGUGGAGGACAUCCAUUGGCACUUAAAGUUAUGGGCAGUUCUUUACGCAAUGAAGAUGUAGUUGCAUGGGAGGAUGCCAUAGAGUUUUUGGAGAAAGAACCAAAUCCUGAUGUACAAAAGUUCCUACAAAUAAGUUAUGAUUCUUUAAGAUCCGAAAACGAGAAGGAAUUGUUCAAGCAUAUUGCUUGUUUUUUUGUUGGAAAAGAUAGAGAGUUCACUGAAACGAUACUAAAGGAGUGUGGUAUCAAGACAACUUCAGGGUUCUCAAAGCUCAUUGAUAAGUGUCUUGUAAAUGUUGGAGCAAGAAAUGAGUUGAUGAUGCACCAACUACUUCAAGAUAUGGGGAGGGACUUAGUUCGUCAUGAAUCUCCUAAGAAGCCAUGGAAGCGUAGUCGAUUAUGGCAUCAUGAUGAAUCAUAUGAUGUGUUGAAACAAGAUAAGGGUACAAAUAAAAUUCAAGGCCUUGUCCUUUCCAAGAAAGUGGUUGAGGAUGAUACUUUAGGUGGUACAAAUACAUCCACCAAGAAAAUUCCACAGAUUCAUCGGCUUUGCAACUUUUUCUCAAAGAUUUGGUGCUUAUUUGUUUGGGUAUUCUUAUUGUGUUUCUCUCAUCAUGACAAAGUCGACUUAAGAACAAUUGCACUUAGUAAAAUGGAUAAACUAAGACUACUCCAACUCAACUAUGUACAAUUCCAUGGGUCCUAUAAACAUUUUCCAAAAGGCUUAAGAUGGUUGUCUAUGCAUGGAUUCCCUUUGAGUUACAUACCUUUUGACCUACAAAUGGAGAACAUGGUUGCUCUUGAUAUGUCUUAUAGCAAUCUACAACAACUUUGGAAGAAGCCAAAGUUGCUUCCAUCAUUGAAGAUUUUAAAUCUCAGUUUUUCCAAGAUUGUGAGAAUCGGUGACUUCUCAUGGCUACCAGCACUUGAGAGAUUGAUACUAACAAGAUGUGCAAGUCUGGUUGAGGUGUGUGAAUCAAUCGAGCUAUGCAAUAAACUUGUUCUCCUUGACCUGAGUUAUUGCAUUAAGCUCAAAAGGCUUCCAAGAAGCACGAGAAAGCUGAAAAACAUCAGAAUUCUAUUAAUAUGUGGUUGUACAAAUCUUUGUGAAUAUCCAUGCCAUAUGAAAGAUAUGAAGUCAUUAGAAGUUUUGAAUGCUAGAGAAUUUAGCAUAAACUCACAAUCAUCACCGUAUGCCAUUGUGGAUGUGAUACAAAAAAGUUUAAAAGGUUUUUCACUCUCCAACUCCUUAGUAAGAUUAUCCCUCAAAAACAACAAUUUAUCCAACGAGUUAUUCCCCAUGGAUUUUAGCAGCCUGACAAAGUUGAAGGUGUUAAAUUUGAGUUGGAGUCCGCUAACUUCUUUGAAUGUGAGAAACCUUAGUAGACUUGAAGUCCUCUGUUUGGAAGGUUGUCAUUACCUAAAGUAUGUAUCAUGUAUCAGUAUGAUCGCAUAUAUGAAUAUCCAUAACUGCAAUUCACUAGAAAAAUUAGAAUAUGAAUCGGUGACAAAGCAAAAUAUCAGCUUUUUAUCAUCUGUAUCCGUGGUUGAAAUUGAAAGCAUGCGAAAGGUACAACCCCUAGCACAAGUGAAUGAAGACAUAAUCUGUAAUUUAGGCUGGAAGGAUUUAGUACAUGUGAAAAACCAAAAGGUGCAUAUUAUAGAUGGAAUCAGAUGGGAUACACCGCAGAAACUUCAAGUCCAGAUGCUAUAUGAGCUUGGAAUAUUUAGCAUAUUGUUCAAGCAAAGAGAGAUUCCAGAAUGGUUCAGUCAAAGAAGCAAGGGAUCAUCAAUAACAUUUAUUGUGCCUUCAUCUCCUUACAGUCUUAGGGGAUUAAAUGUAGGCUAUGUAUAUACAUACUCGCAAUAUGGUGAAUGGGUUGAUUUAAUUCGUAAUAAAACAAAGAACCUCCACCAGAAAUAUCGUCCUAAUUUACAAGUGGUCAGAGUAGACGAUGAUGAAGAAAGCAUAGUAUGCAUAAGACAUUGGGUGAUUGCUAAUAAUGAGAUAGAAGAGGGCGAUGAGGUUACUGUUGACAUUGCACUUUCUAAGGGGAAUGGUGUAAUGGUAACUGAAUGUGGUAUAAAUCUUGUUUACGACAACAAAGAUGAUGGUGAUAACUCUUUAGCUGUUUACCAGUCAUGGAAAUAAAAUAUUUGUGCAUAUCUACAACACUUUUUGUUAAUGAUGGAAACAAUUACAAGAUGUACCACUUUAACAGUAAAAAUCUAUAAAUUUCUUG